ACAUUAGAGGAGACAGUUUGGUUGCAUACAUUUUAUGUUUGGCCAUGCAAUUCUUUUAAGGUUACCUUUAAGUGUUUGCAAAACUUUUAUAAAACAAAAAUAAUGUGUUAUAAGCUCGAAUAUUAGUCAAAAUGAAUCUAUUAUUGUUUAACGUUUACCGAAGAAGUGUAAACACAAAUUUUUCUCACAUAAAAUGUGUAUGCUUGAGCACUGUUCCAAAAAUUGUGAGCAAAGAUGAAGUACUCACCAAAGAAGAAAAACUCUUUAAAAAACACCAAGAAGAUAUAUACUACAGUGACUAUCUGGAGAGGAAUCGUCUUAGACUUGGAUACAAAAGGAAUGUCAUUGCUAGGGAUGUGAUGGAAAAGGCGACGCAGUUUAAUCAGCAACUAAGGCAACAUGAACCUCUACCAUUAAUGUUAAAGUUUAUGGAAUCUGCAAAAAAUUCAAUACAAGAAGAGAAAACUGCAGAUCCUCCUGAACCUGAAACCGACCCAGAAAAUCCUGUUCACUUUCCAUUCAAAGAAACAAACGCAUCCGUAGAAUUCACAAGUAUUUCCGACAGUAAACCACAAUCAUCUCCUGCAGAUGAAACGAACAUGGAAAUCCGCACUCGACUGGAACUCCUCAACAAACCCAAUAAUCAUUUAAAAUGGAUGUACGAUUAUGAAAACUUCCCACUUGCUCAAGAUGCAACUCAAGCUGACGAAGACAUUGAAGAAACAAGCACGCGAAUAAACUACGGAACACCCGCACCAGAUAUCCCAACCAGUAAUGUACCCUGUGGAGGAUGCGGAGCACUUCUACACUGCAGAGACACAUCAAUCCCCGGAUACAUCCCAUCCGAAAUAUUCACACAAUAUAAUAAACUCGGCGGAAUCAAAUUAGAAGGUAUACAUUGUCAAAGAUGUCAUUUUCUCGAACACUAUAACAUGGCACUACAAGUAAGAGUAUCUCCUGAUGACUAUCCUAAAGUCUUACAAAAAAUUGCUGAAAAAGACCGGGCGCUUGUUAUUCUCAUGGUGGAUUUAUUAGAUUUUCCUUGUUCAAUAUGGCCGGGGAUUUCGGAUCUCAUUGGCAAAGGAAGACCAAUAAUCGUUGUUGGAAACAAAGUUGAUUUAUUACCAGACGAUGGAAAAGGAUAUUUACACAGAGUAAAAGAGAAUCUGGUGAAUUCCAUGAAGGAAAACGGUUUUGGAAUGACAAACAUUAAACACGUAGGAUUAAUCUCGGCCAAAACUGGUUUUGGUAUUGAAGAAUUAAUCACACGUCUGCAUUCUCUAUGGCAAUACAAGGGUGAUGUCUACAUUGUCGGUUGUACGAAUGUAGGAAAGUCAAGUUUAUUCAACGCGUUAUUACAAUCUGAUUAUUGUAAACAUGCAGCUGAGGAUUUACUUCAACGUGCCACAACAAGUCCCUGGCCAGGAACGACGUUAAACUUGUUAAAGUUUCCUAUUUUACGCCCGUCAGGCUGGAGAUUAUACGCGAGACAUAAAAGAUUAGGGAAUGCUAGACAUCUUGAGAAGCAAGAAAACGAAUUGAGGCAGAGGAUGUAUAAAAAGACCAAAAAUCCAAAAUAUGCGUCGGUGAUUGGUAAAAUCGAGCGGACAUUCACGGAUAUUGAUCCUGUUGAUGAAACGAAAGAUAAUUUCGCGAUGCAAAUGCGUUCGCAUGGUGGCGCGUUGAAACCUGUUGGUUUGGAUAUGAAAGAUAAGCGUUAUGCACUCGCUAAGUGGUGUUAUGAUACACCCGGAGUUGUCCAGCCGGAACAAAUUAUUCAUCAUUUUACUACUGAUGAAUUAAUGAAGGUUUUCCCGAAUAUUUUGAUUAGAUCGAGGACUUUUAGUUUAUCACCCGGUACGAGUUUGUAUAUAGCCGGAAUUGCAAGGAUUGAUUAUUGUGAAGGACUGAGGAAGUGUAGGUUUACUGUUUUUGCUUCCUAUGCACUUCCGAUUACGAUUUGUAAAACAGAAAGUGCGGAUAGUUUAUAUGAUGAAUUAUUAAGAUCGGAUGCGUUUGCUGUGCCGGUUAAUAAUGAAGAUAGGUUGAAAUUGUGGCCUGGGUUGCAAUCUUCUAAACAGUUUACUGUGACGGGAUUAGAUAGGGAUACUUCUUGUGCUGAUUUAGUUUUAUCUAGUGCUGGAUGGGUUGCUAUUACACCUGAUACUGCGAAUAAGUGUGUUGUUCAAGGAUGGACGCCAGAAGGUAGAGGAAUUUAUUUGAGGGAUAGUUUAUUGCCAAAUAUUGUUCGAUUUAGAGGGAAGAAAGUUCGUGGGAGUUGUGCUUAUAAAACAAAGAAAUAAAGUUACAUUUGUAGUUUCAUUCAAAA